AUGGUGAUAUUCUUUACUAUCAAAAGAUCCGGUAGAGCACGAAGGGAUGCAGCUACACGUGCUAUGAAGGGUUGGCACUCAGGUCAUUUCCGUAAUGGUGAAGUCAGUGACCCCAUAAUUAAGGAUAAGAAUUCUAUUGCUCAACAAAAGCGUGAAAAACAGCUUAAAAGCUUGGGUUUGUUAAACGUAAGAAACCAUCAUAUUCGGACUAUGCUGUCAAGGCUUCUUCUACCAAAGUUUCGAAGGCGCAUGUCGAGACUGCAGUGGUUGAUAUUGGAUACUCAGCAGAUUGGGUUAAGAUCAUUGUGCAGAAAACUAAAGAUUGUUUUGAGGUCUAUGCUUUAAUUCCCGGUCUUCUUCGUGAGGAGGUCAGUGAACAAGCUUGUAAAACUACGUAUAGUUUCAUUUUCUUCUAGCACACAUGGUUCGAACC